AAUUAAUUCGCGAUCAUGGCGCCCACCGCACCCAAAAAGCGAAAUUCUUUGCGCGCGAAGGCUUCUCAGGCAGGCUCAGGUAUCCACGUUCCACCUGUGCAUCGCGAAGGUGCCGUUAUAUCAGAUUCAUUCAUCGAGUCCAAGAAGGACAAACGAACGAUUAAACAUUCCGCCUUUGUCAACCGUAUCGAAAAAGGCAAUUCAAAACCUCUCAAGCGCAGACGUCCAAACAAGAAAUUGGUUACCACAUUAGAAAGUCUGGCAGAUGCACUACCAGAUUUCGAGGGAGAAGGCUUGGAGAAGAUUAGCAGAGGAGAGAGUGGAAAGAUCAAGCAAAAGAGUUUGAAGAGUCGACCUGGAGCAACGAAGAAGAGGGAGAAGUUGGAGGCUAUGGAGAGGGAGAGAUUUGGAAAGAAUAUGGCACAAUUGGCGGGAGUUACGGAGGAGAAACCGAAAGACGUCACUGCUGCGGAGGGUCAAGAAGUACCAGCUGCUUCGGGGACUGCGAGUAGAUGGGCCGCAUUGAGAGGAUUCAUUUCACAAACCAUGGAGCAGAAAGAGGAGUUCAAAAAGCCUUGA